AUGGGAGAAUUUCGUCGUCAGCCUAGUAAGGUUUGGUGGUCGACAUACGAUGAUGAUGAUGAUGACAUAACAGAAUAUUCAGGUUAUUUAGGAUGGGGAAAAAGCAUAGAUCUCAGCAAUAAUGUUACGUCAUCAAAACCCGAAACGGGUACGAUAGAAUCCAAGGAUGUUUCCGUUGAGAAAAAAGGAGGAGGAGAAGAAGGAGAAGAGGAAGAAGAAAACAAAAGGAAAAGUUUAGAAAGCGAUCGAGGAAGUUCAUCGAGUCCAAGUCAGGGAAGUCACAAAAGUCAAGAUUCUGGUUUUUCCGAUUCGGAAAUUCAUAACAAUGCCAUAUCGAUAAGUCCGGAAAAUUCACCGGAACUUUCUGGAAGAAUGAAUUUUAUAAAUCGUAAUUCUAGAAGUAUAAACGAUGAUGCUGGUGCCACGAUAAGAAAUCAAAUAAUGGAUGACAAAUCGAGAAAAGAAAAAAGUCACAACGAAACCGUUUCCACUUACCGGAAGUUAAAAACUUGCGUUAAAAUAACGAAUCAAUUUAAAGUUGUCGAAUUUAAUCCGGAAACGUAUAACGAACCUAUAAAACCUUGUUUAGAAACAGCUUUCGAUGGAAACGAUAAUGAUGUGAAUACGCCAAAAAAAGAAAAUUCUAAGGAAAAUAUUGAAAGUUCAACGGUUCAAAAAAUUUUCAAAAAUUCACAAAAGGAAAAUUUAUUUACAAAAUCUCAAUCACGUUCGAAAUUUGAAGCAAAGGGAAAAAUCCAACAAAUACAAAAUCAAUUGGAAUCGUCGCUUAAACUACCAAAGAAAAUAAAUUUAUCGCAAAAUUUAAAAAUUCCUAAUUUAUUUCACGGUAAACCUGUUGUUAACGUAAUUAAAAAUUCAGGUUUAAACGGAAAGGCCAAAAUCAAAUCGACUGAUAAUCCAAGUACAAAAUUUAAAUGUUUUUCAUCUUGCGUUGUUCCGCCGCCCCCCGCGUCGGAAAAAUCAACGAAUAAAAAAUCAAACCGUGAAAAUUUUCUCGACAGCGAAGGUUUCAAAGUCCCCAAAAUUCCAAACGAUCAAUGUUCGAUCGGUAAGGGAAACAAUCAUUUACUGGACAACAACACUUUCAUCGACGGUCCCCCGUUAUCGACAUCGACACCAAAAUCCAACAAACAUCCCCCGGGAGGUUCGUCGGAAUCACCGAAAACAGUUAAAACCACGGGGAAAAAAAUUUCUUGUUGUUCGAAUAACGAAAGAUUUUCUGCUACCACGACAAAUGUUAAAAUAGAUUACGAAACAUCCGUCAGACAUUGGCUUUCGGAAUUGGAAACAAUGUACGAAGCCGAAAUAAUGACGACGCUGCAGAGUAAAUCAUUAGCUGCUGAUCUCACGCGGCAGGUUACCAACAUGGCGGAUUCAACUUCGUAUACUAUAAAAAAAUUACAUCAGAAAACAAAAAUUAUUUCCUUGGAAUUUUCUAGAUUGUACAAAACGGAAAAAAUAAACCAAAGAAAAUCAAUUGGAAAACAAAUUGAAUGUCGUGACGAAAUGAUAACGGAUUUCCGUACUCCCGAACCGGAAACGAUGGAUAUGAAAUUAGAAAAUGAUGAAAAGACAAACGGGGAAGCAGAAGAAGAAGAAGAACAACAACAAGUUUUAGAAUCUUGCAAUCGUCUCAAACAGUUGAUUUCUACUUCGAAAAAUUAUGAUUUUAAUCAAAUCGAAAAAGAAAUUACACAAUUGGGACAAAAAUUUAGAGGAGUCGUUGACGUUUUAUUACAAAAUAACAUUCAGGCUUUGAUUGGGAUUUUGGAAGAACCUAAAACUGAACUCGCACUUCGUACGGCUUUGACAGUAUUGACAAAUUUAGGUAUGGAAGAAAAUCAACUUGGUAAAAUGGUAUCGAAAUGUGGAGGAAUCAGAGCUUUAUUAGCCAUUUGUUUAGAAGCACGUGGCACGACCGUUAGAAUAUCUGCACUAAGAGCUUUAUCGACGGUUUGUUGCAUUGGGGAUACCAUACGACAAUUCGAACAGGCUGGUGGUGUAGAAAUAAUAGCUGACAUAUUAGCCGAUGAUAAAAGAUCAGAAGAGGAAUUAAGCGAAGCUUCGGCGGUUAUUGCUCAAAUAACGGCUCCAUGGAUACAAGAUAAUCAUUCAGUGAAUGGUUUAAGUCAAUUUUUAAACAGUCUAGUCAAAUCUUUAACCCGUAUAAUUAACAAAUACAAAUCCUGCGAAACUUUGCUACUGUCAUCAGCUGCUUUGGCAAAUUUAACUUUUAUGGAACCUAGAACGGUUUGGCCACUUUUAGAAUAUCAAACGGCUAAAGCGUUACUAUCCGCCGUUCGACGUCAGGGUUCUGACGUUUCGAUAUUCAUACAAGAACAAGCAGCGACAGUGAUAGCAAACAUGUCGUCGGUACCAGAAUGUAGAAAAUAUUUAGCCGAACAAAGAGCGGUUGUUGCUCUUCUUUCUUUUUUAGAAAUUCAUCACUCACCACUUCAAAAUGCACCGGAAGUGGCGGCCGCAGAAAGAGUUUUACAAAAAUCCGCCAUUGCUCUUUCAAGGCUUUGUAGUGAUGUUGUAGUUGCACAACAGGUUGUCGAAUUACAAGGUGUCAAUAGAUUGGUUAAAUUAUGUAAAGAAGAAAAAGAAAGAAAUCAUAGCGAUGGAGUUUUAGUUGCUUGUCUCGCUGCACUUCGGAAAAUAGUAGCGAAUUGCGGAACGAAAGCACUUGAAAAUUUAAAUGCUAUGGAAUUAGUCGAACCUAGAUUAUUAGAUUCAUUUUUAUUAUAUUCGUCAAAACAAGAAAGUUACGUUUAA